AUGAGCUGCAGAAGAAUUCAAUUCGCUCUAUUGGUGCUACUUCCGGUACUUCUACUAGCUCAAGAAAUAGCGCAGGAAGAGCUGCGGCCAUUUGUAGCCAUCAUGCCCCCGUUCUUACGCAUGGACAGGCGGGCCAUCUCCAAAUUCAUCCAAACACGCCAGGAGCCGAAGCGAUACGCGAAUACGUUGGACAAAGUCAACAUUGAAGCUAUGGAGAAGCUCGGCAAGUAUGAUCUAUCAAUUGAAGAAGAUGCAACAAGCCGGGAUGAUUUAAAACGCCAGAUCUUCGUG